AAAUUGGAGCAGCGAAUCGAAUUUGAGAGAGAGAGAGGAUGUUUGGGAGGCUGAGACCGCCGCCAUCGUCGCCGGACUGUCUGGAGAGAUAUCCGGCGAAGAUCAUGAAAGACGAUCCUCUCUCCGUCUACGAGUCAACACUGCUCAAGCUUAAGCAAGGCUCAAGACUGGACACUGUUGUUGGUCCUUCACCAGAUAAAGAGGUUGAGAAUCCUUCAGAUACACAUGACGUGACUCUGUGCAAUGGCUCUGAUGCAAUGUCUGUAGACGCAAAGAACAAGAAUCCAUCAGUAAUAUCUAUGUUUUGCAAGUACAAGAAUCAAGCUCAAGCACGGAACUUGUCUGAUACGACAAAUUGACUGAGAUACUGACUUUUGUAAACACAUGUACCUAAGUUAAUGCGACCAGAUUUGAUCUUCUUGUGUAUGUGUGUGUGUGUGCCGGAGUUUUCACAUGCCAAGAAAGAAGAGAACAAUAAGACUUAUAAAGCCAUGGUUGGUAAGAUCAUAACUGGGCAAGCUUGACUUUAUAGAUAUGUUGUUCAUGUGUAACUAGACGAUUCUGUUUGU